ACUAUGUUACCGUCCUAAACCAUUAAUCAAUCAAUUUAUACCCAAAGCCUUUGUGGCCAUGAUUCCACACAGUCCCCAUUUCAUCAUUAUAUAGUUUUGUACCACAACAAACAAAUCAACUCAAUUAAGAAAGAGAGCCAGAGAGUCCGAGUCGCAGAAAUGAACACCCCUUUUCAUGACCAUGAGAAGAAGCCGAAGAAGAGUUUCAUGUCCUCGUACAAACCCAGCCCCGGACGUCACCUAAAGCCGGACUCUAAGCCUGACAUGGUGGAUAAAUACCCGGUUUUACGUAGCUGGUUCAGUUUGUCCAGGAAGUCGAAAACACGUCAAGAAGUUCUAGAUCAAUUUGAGCAUGCUCAGAGUCAAAGAGAAGAACCAGAUAAGCAAGUUGGAGUGGUGGUGGAGUCAGCAAGAAAGUCGGUGUCUCAUGUCGAAAGCAACUUGGUAUCAGUAGCUUCGUUUCUUCAAGUGAAGGUCUUGGUCUCAGACAUGCCUGGCUUCAUGCAAGUCCAUGCCUUCCGCAGCGCUAGAAGAACCUACGACAGUUUGGAGAAGUUUAGCCCAAAACACAUGGCUUACAACCUCAAAAAGGAGUUUGAUAAAAUGUAUGGACCGGCAUGGCAUUGCAUCGUGGGCUCAGGUUUCGGGUCAUUCGUGACCCAUUCGACUGGUUGUUUCCUGUAUUUCUCAAUGGAGAAGCUAUGUAUUUUGUUGUUCAGAACUAAAAUCCAGAAAGCUGAGGUUUGAGUCUUGUGAUUUGUCUCUCUUUAUGGACUGAGAUGGUCAUUAUUGUGUUGUUAGAGUGUGCAUAAUAUCAAAUUACAUUGUAAAACAUAUAUAAAUUUGAACUUUAAUUUGUUACUAAA